AUGGAAAGUUCUUCAAUAUUAGCUCAACAGUCGUCUCAUCAAAUCUGUGAUGAGUCUCCGGUAGCCGGCGAACUGAAUCGAUCGAGUUUUGCUGAAGCAUUCCAUCCAUUGUAUUCAGAUAACUCGAUUGAAUUUACUACAAGACAACAUGUAGCGUGUCCGGUUGAAAAUUCAAAUAAUAUACAACUUAUUCUCGCUGAAAUGGGCACUAACAACGAUGAUGACGUUUCCAUGGAUAGUUCGUAA